ACGUGGUGAGGUACGCGUGUGUGCACGUGUAAGUGACAGAGGCUCUCAUGGAGAGCGCUAGCAGCAGGCAGGGCUGUGGCGAGCUGCAGAAAAGGCAUAGGCGGGGGUUGGGAGUUUAAAUUUAAUAAGAUUACAAUGAACAAAACCUAAGAGGGCAACAUACAGAAAAAAAAAAAAGAUCCCUCGUAUAUACAUGCAUACCCGAUUUCUGUAUAUAUAAAAAAAAAUAAACCUUGCAGCUUAGCGUGUGUAUAACUGACCUAAUUAAAACGAAACUAACACAAAAUGAAUGUAUUUUAAAACAAAAACAAACAAAACAAAAAUAACGUUUCCGUUACGCUGAAAGCGAAUGCUUGAAUGCAUUUUUUUUUUUUAAAUAGUGUGAUUCAAUGAAAGAAGAUACCCGGUUGUAACGAGACAAGAGCACCAUUAAAAAAAAAAAAAAAAAAAAAAACGAAAUCGGAUUUUUUUUUUUUUUUUUUUUUUUUUUUUUGAAGAUUGACGUGCACUUACGUUGGAUUUUAGGAUCCAACUACCUUAACUUCUAUCUGCAAUACAUGAAAACGUUGUUUGUCAUUUGUGGAGAAGAACGAGUCUGGUUUGUAAAAUACGUGAAUGCACCUGCAGCUUUUAACAAAAGAAGUACGAAUACACUGUAUUUUUAUUUUUGUGCAGUGCAUUUCAUAAAUGCAAGUUUGUUAAUGUAUUGAAGUAUUGUUUUAAAAAGACUUGUCCGUGUAUUAAGACGGAAUAUUGUUUCAAGAAGAUGUCCAGAUGACUAAAGUAAGAUGACCCCUCUAAAAAUUAAAACGAGAAAAGGAAAGCAAAUUAGGGUGUAGAGUGCAAGCUGUCCUUCAAUCCGCAUUAUCUACAUGAUUGACGCCUGCAGCGUGAGACAAUUGCACUGCCCACGGCAUUUCAAACUGCAAAGACUCUUGGAAAAUGGGCGAGGGAUAUGAGCUACGUGCGACAGUACUGCAACCAGUCGAGAUGAACAUGCUGAAAUGGAAAAUUUGGAACAGAGGGAUCUUCUAAAUAACUGCACACCUGCGGAGCCCGAUCGGUCAUUCCAAAAGGAGACUCACCAUCCCAGAGGGCUCAGCUCUGGGGAGACACAGCUGAGCCAAACCCAGCUCGGCCACCUUGAUGCUGGCGCUGCCAUGGGGGUUGAAGGCUUUGGCAGCUCUCCUCUCAGAACCAGACAACUCCCCACGUGUUCUGCAGAGCUGUUCUCUGGCAUCGGCUCCGAAAAGCCCGUUUCUGGGGUCCCAGUUUUAAAGCUGCAGGUGGAAGCGGCGGUCCCGCUAUUAUUAAACGGGACGGCAUCAACAUACAGCAAAACUCUGAGUGGGGGCAGACAGGGGAAUGCGGGGGCGAUGGGCUACCCCAAUCACCCAGCCUCGGUAGAAUCAGUACAGGUUGUAGAAAAUAACGAGCCCGCCCACAGAGUUGCUUUAUUAAAAAGAGACGAAAAUGACCGGCUGUUAAAACGUCAGCGGACAGUGGCUCACAGGGACACAGAUUAUUGUCUAAUGGCAAACGGGUCUGGGGACCCUGCUUGCCCCAACAGCAAAAGAAGACGCGUGGGAAGUGGGGAUGGCGAGCCAAGCUUGGAGAAUAAAGACACAGUACGGAACAGCCAAAACCAUAUCAACCAUACAAUUAAAGAGGGUCAGGCAUCGAACUCUGCAGCCCGGCGCUUGUCAGCGUCCGAUGCCCUGGUCCGGACCUCCCCAGAACGCACUGCCCUGGACUGCAUCGUCCCCUGCAUGAAGCGUUACGGUAUAUGCGUCAAAGACGGGUUUCUGGGAGACGAGCUGGGCAGCCAAGUGCUCCAGGAGGUCCAAGCCUUGAACCAGAGUGGCCAAUUCCGGAAUGGACAGUUAGUGAGUCAGCGGACUAUCCCCUCCCGAAAUAUCAGGGGUGACCAGAUCGUGUGGGUGGAGGGGAGAGAGCCGGGCUGCAAGAGUAUCUGCUCGCUGAUGGGGCGCAUUGAUGAGGUGAUCAUGUACAGCUCUAUGAAUGGCCGGCUUGGGGACUGCAUGAUCAACGGCAGGACCAAGGCGAUGGUGGCGUGUUAUCCGGGUAACGGAACAGGGUACGUUCGCCACGUGGAUAACCCCAACAGAGAUGGCCGCUGUAUCACCUGCAUUUACUAUCUCAACAAGAACUGGGAUGUCAAGGUUGACGGCGGGCUCCUCCAGAUUUUCCCAGAGAGCCGCACCGUGGUGGCGAAUAUCGAGCCUGUUUUCGACAGACUCCUGAUCUUCUGGUCAGACCGGCGGAACCCUCACGAAGUCAAACCAGCAUACGCCGCACGGUAUGCCAUUACAGUCUGGUACUUUGAUGCAAAGGAGCGCGCAGAAGCCAAAGAGAAGUACAGACUCGCUGCUGGACAGAAGGGGGUCCAAGUCCCUGUAACACAAAGUGGCAUGACCUAACAAAACCAGGUCAAAACAGCCGAUCAAGCGUGCAGGGCGAUUGCUGUGCUGCUAUCGGACAGGUUGGAGAGGCGCCCUUCCCAGCACCACCAACAAGGCCCGCCCACCUCCAUGCAUUGGUCCGUUAAAUGGGGCUGCAUGGAUUUGGGCGAUUUGAUAAAGAGGUGAAUUUGACUAGGCUGACCCCAAGAUGGGACCUGGGCAGACGGAGGUAAUUAGUGUGACCCUGACAGAAGAAAUGGAACAGGAAGAGUGGGUCGGCCAUAUUCUGUUUUGAGGGCUUCAGUCAACAACAGUCUCUCACCAAGGAUAUCCAUUAAUGCUUUCCCAAGUUCCCAUAUUUGUAAAAUACAGUAUAACCCAGUUUAGGAUCGGUUCUUUGGAAGCUGGUCGUUUUCACUGUCAGGUUAAAAAAUGUUUACAUGUAAAUGUAUUUUUCAAAUUGAAAUCAAUUAAGGGUAUACUGAACACUGAUGGUGGCACUAAACAUUAGACUGCUUGACUUGGGUUGAUUCGAUCAGCCGAUACCCUGGUAAGAGUAUUUUACAGCACUGGGGAUUCACGCUGUCCUUCAUCAACCCAUGAUUACCCAAAAUCUAAGUGGUUGAUUCAACCAAUGUGCUCUAAAAUGCUUUUAAAAAUCCAGCUGUGGCUAUAAUAGGCUGAUGAAAUAAAGCCCAUAGUUUCCUAUUUGUUUUUCUUAUCAUUUAAAAGUGUGUUUGAAGUUACAGGUGUAUGCAGAACAUUUUAGUACAACAGUGUUUAUAAAGUACAAUGUGUUGUACUUGUAUACAUUUGACAGUACUAUUGUUAUUAAUGGAAUGUUUACCACAUGCAGUAGGUGUUUUGUAUACUGUAUCAACGCUUUUUUUUUUCUGGCUAAGUUUAUUAUUGGCAGCCAGAGAUCCUUAUUUUGCCAGGUUCUUAGUGAGAUCAUUAUUAAUUUCCUUCAAAGUGCUAUUAAAAGGGUUUGGCUAUACUUUUUUUUUUUUCUCUCUUCAAUCAGUUUAACAAAGAAACUAAGAAAAAAGUAACAGGUUAUUUUUUAUGUAUACUUAAUGAGUUUGUUACUGUCUCUGUACCUUUAGUGACGUUUUGCAAUCAGUUUUCUGUGAUUCUUACUGUAAUUACUCAAAGACUAUAUUCAGGAGCUGCUCUUCGGUUCUGGUUGCCUGCCAUAGGUAUGUGUUAUGUAGGCUAAAUCAGUAGGAGACAACGCCAUCUAGUGAUCAGCCAGUGUGGAUCAAGUUACCUUUAGUUUUUCCAGCAGUACACUGCACUAGAAUAGAUGGUGCUUUGACUUUAGUGAAAAGUAAAUUAAAACCAGUUAUUCGUGGUAAUUCAUUUCAAUUAUAAGUCAUUUUGAAGUAUAAAAAUAAGUUGUAUAUUUAGUUAGGAAGUAAGAAUCGUUUAACUCUUAUCACAUAAAGCAUUGUUGCCAAUGCAUCCUAAUUGUCAUAACGUUUAUGUCCCUCUCAGUCGCGGCGUACAUAAUUGUUAAGUUAAAUUUCCUAUCUGUUUUGUAAUCCAGAUUGUUUUUUCAAAGUUUUGGUAGGGCAUCUUCUCGAGAGUUCACACAAACUGUUUGAAAUUUAAAAAAACUGAAAUAAAGUCUCAUAACCGAAGGGGAUUCACUAUUGUAAUAGUUGUAGAAAGUUGUGGCACAGAAAGUAAAAAUAACAAAUUUCAACCCUAAUAACAUUACAGUGGCUGCAGAAACAGGCGUACCCCGCAAGUGAUUGCCCUCACCCCCCCACAUGCCAGUACUAUGGCUAAAGGUUUUGCAUCUCUCUACAGAAUUAACUAAUUUUUGCUGCACAAAGUCCAGCGAAACCUGCUGAAUAAUGUUACUUUAAAAUAUUGAAUUGCGCACCACUUUGUAAUAUUCCAUAUACUUAACCAAAAGCCUUGUGACGUGAUAUACUACUUUUGCCCAUAGCUGUACAUUGCAGUGAUGGACUUCCACGCAGUCAUUCUAGCUUUGUGUGAAGAACACCGAAUCAAAACCCUAUGUAGAAUUAUAUAUGUAUUUGCAUAUUUAACAUUACCUUCAAAGCACAUGUUGAAUGUGUGAGCUUCAUAGUUAUGUCCUGCAAAGGAAAGGUAAUAUUUAACAGAGUUUUCGGCUGUUUCCACCUCGUGUCCAUUUUAACAGUUUAAAAGACCAAGAAACACUGGGCAACUUUUAUCUCUGACUUCCAUUUAAAAACAUUGCAAAGUAUAGCAUAUCAGAGACAAGCAUGGCGAACCAAUGGGAACUAUGUUAAAGCACAAGGGGGGUGGGGCAUAGUUCAUAGUAAAUGACCAUGAUACACUUUCAUAGGGCUUACAGUACUAGAAUAGCUACUGUAUUAAACAUACAAAGUUUAUGUACGUUGACGUUUGUCAGCUUCAAAUCACGUUUAGGUUAUUUUUGUUUACUGCCCUCUCUACCUGUUUCACAUUACAGUCGUUCCUAGUGGUUCUUAUUCAAUUACUGAGGUAUUUUAAGAAGUGUAAUAAGAUGCUUUGACUGUCUCUGCAGCUGCUCUUCGCUUGUGCCUGAUAUAGGCGUGUAAUGUUUUUAUAUUAGUUGGCAGAACUAAAGGAAGCUUGAUUCAGAAUGGCAGUUCACUAGAUGGAGCAGGCUCUUGUAUGAAAGACACUUUGCCUGAUCUGGCCUGUGUUACAUAUGCAGUGAGAAUUAAAGUAAUGAAAUCGUGAUCCCUUUUGAAGCUACUUACUCAUUAAACAGUAGAUCUGGUGCAAAAAUCGAUUAUUCAGAGCACACCGAUCUAUUUUUGUGUAAACAUUGACGAAGGCGCAGACAGACUUCAAGAAAUUGCACUUUAUUUGUAAGAAAUGCAAGGAGAAUAAAUGUGUGUUUGAAAGAUGUGGGUGUUAUGCAGAUGCCAUCUAAAUAAAAGGUGAAGAAUGAUUGGCAUUCAAAAUUGAAUUAAUAAAAUGAUUUCUAAAAUCA